UGAGAACCCAGCCGUCUGUGCGAAACAGAAAAUGCUAGUGUCUAGGCAGACCUUUCACUAGCGUUCGCGACCAGCUUGCGCAUGCGCAGAGCAGUGCCUCAUUCUACUCGGCAUCAUGGCGGCACCCGUGGACCUCGAGUUGAAGAAGGCCUUUGGAGAGCUGCAGGCUAAAAUGAUUGACACCCAGCAGAAGGUGAAGCUGUCUGACCUGCAGAUCGAACAGCUGAGCCGCAUGAAGAAGCACGCCAACCUCACGCACGCAGAGAUCACGUCACUCCCUAACAGCACCCGCAUGUACGAGGGAGCGGGACGCAUGUUCAUUUUGCAGUCAAAAGAUGAGAUUGCCAAUCAGCUUUCGGAAAAGCAGAAGACGGCAGAUGAGAAGAUCAAGGAUCUUGAGCAAAAGAAGACUUACCUGGAGCGCAGCGUUAAAGAUGCGGAGGACAACAUAAGAGAGAUGCUGAUGUCCAGGAGAGCCCAGUAAAACACGCUCCACAUUCAAAAAAAAAAAACCUUCUCCAUCACCUUUGUACACCGUGCCCUUAGUUUGAACAUGCAUGUAUGCGAGAAUACUCGUGACCACCGAGCUAGUGGGAGUCAUUUGUCAGCUGAACACAGGAAGUUUAUUUAGGUUAAUAGUUAAAAAUAAAUGUACUGUUGACCGUCUGUCUAAUACUGACUUGUGUGACCUCUGACACCUGAGUAUUCUGCAAGACUUUUUAAGUUAUUGUUUUCUUCAACUGUUCUUUUUUUCUAUGGUUUUGGAAUAAUACAAAAAAAAAUUUAUGCAAGCAGGUGUUAACAUGGUAAUAAAGGUGGCUGUUUAAAGACAAA